CGUGUCACGUGACGGGGGAAAUAGGGAGGCUCUUGUGUUUACAUCAAUGCAUUCAACAGCGGCCGCUGCAGACCGUCUACUCAUCAAUGUUUUGCUUUCAUUUCCUUGAAAACGAGCUUGCGAAUCGGCAGACACGGUAGUUCCGACCCCGUCCGAGCACAACACCGCUGCGUGAAACAGAGCGCGCGCCUGCUGCAGCUGUGAUCGGUUGUGUAUUAAAUUACUGGCAUCAUGGACGAGCUCGCGGUGGAAGUGCGAGGAGCGAGUGGAGCUUUCUACAAGGCUUAUAUUAAGGAUGUUCAUGAGAGUACUGUCACAGUGGCUUUUGAGAACAAUUGGCAGCCAGAACGACAGAUUUCUUUCCAGGAUGUUCGGUUUCCACCUCCAACCGGCUUUCAGAAAGAAAUAAAUGAGAGCGAUGAAGUGGAGGUGUACUCCAGGGCUAACGAUAAGGAACCCUGUGGAUGGUGGCUAGCCAAAGUUCGCAUGGUGAAAGGAGAAUUUUACGUGAUAGAAUAUGCAGCCUGUGAUGCCACCCUAAAUGAAAUCGUCACAUUAGAGAGGCUACGACCUGUGAACCCCAACAAAGCAGCGUCAAAGAACACCUUUCUCAAAACCAGACUAGAUAUUCCUGAAGACUUGAGACAGAUGUGUGCAAAAGACUCAGCACAUAAAGACUUCAAAAAAGCUAUUGGAGCGUUUAAUGUCACUUACGACUCGGAAGAAAAGCAGUUGGUUAUUUUGUCUGUUAAUGAGGUUACAGCAAAGCGAAUAUCCAUGUUGAGUGACAUGCACUUCAGGAGUCUGCGCACAAAGCUGGCGCUGAUGCUGAGGAAUGAGGAAGCAACCAGACAGCUGGAGAGCUCUCGGCAGCUGGCCUCAAGGUUUCAUGAACAGUUUGUGGUGCGGGACGACCUCAUGGGAUUGGCCAUUGGCACCCAUGGAGCAAACAUCCAGCAAGCCAGAAAGAUUCCUGGAGUCACAACCAUCGAUCUCGAUGAAGAGACCUGCACGUUUCACAUCUACGGAGAGGACCAGGAGGCUGUACGGAAGGCCCGAAGCUACCUGGAAUCAGAAGAUGUUAUCAAAGUUCCUAGGAAUUUAGUCGGAAAAGUCAUUGGCAAGAGUGGGAAGCUGAUUCAAGAGGUUGUGGAUAAAUCGGGUGUUGUCAGAGUACGAGUGGAACCUGAAAAUGACAAAAAGCCUUCUCCAUUAGAGGAGGGUAUGGUGCCAUUUGUGUUUGUGGGGACAAAGGAGAGCAUUUCUAAUGCACGUAUUCUGCUGGACUACCAUCUGAACUAUUUAAAGGAGGUUGAUCAGCUACGAAUGGAGAGACUGCAGAUCGAUGAGCAGCUUAGACAGAUCGGUGGAGGACCCAGAGCUCUGCCGGGACGACCCGAGAAAGAAAAACCCUUCAUGGCUGAUAAUGGAAUGGGACCCUCGCGAGGUGGAGGCAAACCCUUUGGUCGAGGAGGACGAGGGAGACGAGGCCCAACGCUGGCAUCAGGCACCAACUCAGAGGCGUCUAAUGCAUCUGAGACCGAAUCGGACCACAGAGAUGAGCUCAGUGACUGGUCUCUGGCCCCCACAGAUGAGGAGUCUAUGGGUUAUCCCAAAAGGGCCCCUGAUGGACGCAAAAGGGGUGGGGGGCCCCGCGGUCGUGGGGGGAGAGGAAGAGGAGGAUACAAAACUGAGGACAUGCACUGGAAUGAUUCCCGCUCCCGUAGUUCCAGAGACUCCAAGCUACGACCCCAGGAAGAGUCACUGCAGAUCCGCAUCGACAGCAAUAACGAGAGGAGCAUCCACACCAGCCGAAGCUCUCAAGCUAUGGCAGGAGACAGCGGAGGGAAUAGACAGAGACCCAUAAAGGAACGAGCGAUGAAAAAAGAAAAGCAGGACGGCUCCGACAGCCAGGCCGUAGUGAAUGGCGUUUCGUAGAGAAUAAUGCGCCCCCCUACCCCUCAUUCUCCCACUCAGCUCCACCAAUCCAGAUGCUUCUUCAUUAGAGACACAUUAGGCCAAAGAGAACCAGGUCAGUAGGGCUGUCGCAAGACAUGACAUAAAGCACACUUUGUAAUUGUUAGCGGGGUUAAAAGACGAGGUCUCUUGGUGUACAGUGUGUUGAAUUUGGUAGUCUUCACGGAUUAGAGAGACCGGUCUCUAAAUCUCAACUGAAGCUACAGGUUUUCUAAUUGACUUUCUAAAUAACUACCUAAAGAAGCUGUGGAUAAAAUGUCUCUCAAAAAUGGAAUAAAAAACGAAAAGAGCUUUUUCCAAGAAAUUGGUUUUUAAAGUUUGUUUUCCACAAUGUCCAAAAAAGGGAAAGAAACACAUUGGAGGAUGAACUCAAGCGCUCUGCGCCCAAGUUUAUGCCACAUCUCAUGGCAUACAUUGUUUUUAUGCGCUUUGGUGUCCAUGGUUACUCGAGCCCAUUCUGAUGUGAGAUCUUAACCACAUCAUUAGCAAAAAAACAAAGAAAAAAAAACAACAAAAAAAAGUAAAACAUAAAAAAAAAAUGCUCCUGUCUGGAUCUGUGCCUUUAACUAGUGUGGAUAGAAUCAUAAUUUGGAUGUUUAAAUCAGGGAAGAAGACGUGAACAACACCUGUCACCUGAGCAGAGUUUGUUGCAAUCUCAGCCGACAACUUUCAAAACAAACAAAAAAAAAAAGGUGUUUCUUUUAUUUUCUGUGCUGCAUGUAUUUCACAAACAUUUUGUAUGUCUGAAAAGCAGGAUUGGAAAUCGAUUUUGCCAUAGCUGAAUUGUGAGUAGUAAAGGUAUUAACCUAACUAAACUAGUCAACUGUGGAAGUCAUCAUUUGUAACCAACCACCCAGUGAUGAAUAUCAACGCUUAUUCAACGAUUAAAGCAUUACUGAAGAUUAAUUUGACGUAAAGCAUAUCUUUGCAUUCUAGAACAAUUGUUUUUUUUGUUGUUUUCAAUAGAGGUAGCAAAGCAGUUUCCUUUAAACAAAAUGUCUUUUGUUUUUUACUUGUUUUACCUCCAUCAUGAUCUAAAGGUGAAUUUGCUCAGAUGUUUUCUCACAAACAGGGUGGAAAUGCUCAAUUUUAUUAUUUUUUUCUUUGUAGUUGUUUUUUUGUUCAUGCUGGCCACAGUAAACUGCCAUCUUUCCUGCUGUAUUUUUCAGCAUCAGGUGUGAAGCACUUAUAUCAGAUUAUCUCUGUACCAUUGUCUUUGUCCUAACAAUGGCUCAUCAUAGACUGAAAAUGUUGAACUGUGGGGUUGCAUACUGUAUAUUACGUCAUCCGUUAAGAGAUUGUUGCUGUUCUUUUUAGAUUGAACUUUAAAUGUGCACUUAUCAUGUUUGUGUUACUCUGCAAGUACUUUAUAAUCUAUAAACCUAUAAUAAACUAGAAUGUGAUAAGACUUCUUCAGCAGGUGAAUCACAUGUAUGCUGUCAACAUAACUAAACUGAAGUUUAGAUCUCUUCGCUAAUUUUGAGUCUACUGUACUUUUGCAGCUUCGAGAGGGACGAGAUUUGGCAGGAAACACAACGUUAACUUUGAUAUGAGAAGAAAAAAAAACCGUCUGUCUUAUCCGAUUAGUGCUUGUGCAUUAAACUUUAGUUUACAUUUUUGAGAAGACGCAAUGCUGUUCUGAACCCACGAUUAUUUCGAAAUCUACUGUGACGGUAAACAUGGUAGUUUUUUUUGUUGUUUGUUUCUGCUUUCCUUUUGACUGUACAGCAAGAAAACCAGUCGGUUGUAUCCUCUUUGCUCCUUUUUCUUAACGACUCUUUUUCUUUUUAUGCUCGCUAGUCAAAUAUCCAGCUCUACCUGUUAAGCUUACACCAGUUUCAAAGUGGUUUUGCUUGGAUCAGUGUCCUGUGAAAACCAAACGGAAGGGGCUACGUUUCACGUGAAAUGUAAAAAGAACCUGUGACUGGCAGAGGAUUUGCAGCUCUGUGGGAUGGGAAUGAUAAACCACUCGGAACGGGGCGUCCUGGCUGCGUCCGGCCCCCUUUUAAAAUUUAGCCUUUAUUUGGAAAUAAGGUGUUAAAAUGGUUUACGCUCAGUAUUUUAAAAAAAACCUGCACGUCUGCGGCAGGCAGUAAACUGGCAAGAUGGCGGAGUCCACCAGUCUGUUAAGAAAAAAUAAUGAUAAAAAAAUAAAUAAAAACUUUGAAGUGUUGCCAAACAGACUGUUUUCUAGUUAUUUAUUUUUUGGAAUGUAAAUGAAAAAUGAUAAAUUGUAAAACCAUCUCUUGCACACAUCGUUAGGCUAUUGUGAUUUGAAUAAAGAGCUGAAAAGGAAAAAAAAACAUUCAAAAAAAACAUGAAAUACUGUAGAUACUGAACCGAGGUAGACUGACCUUGUAUGUUACUGCACUUUGGGUAAUAAUUUCUUUGUACAUAAUAGCAGAACAGACUGGGUUUUAUGUUGACAUUGUUUGGUUAUAGUGCAAUAUAUUUUGUAUGCAAGCAGUUUCAAUAAAUAAAGGUUGAUCUUCCUCUGCAA